CCACACACAGUGCUGUGUGACCGGUGCUGCAACACGGAGUGGAAAAAUGGGUAAAGAGUUGGGCCUCAGCUUGUGCCUGAUGCUGCUUUUCUGUUACAAGGGCAACACAGAGACAGAAAAUCUUUGUCCUGCUGCAUGCCAGUGUUUCAUGUCCACACAGGUACUGUGUGCUGAUGAACGAAUGGCAUCUUUACCCCAGAGCAUCUCCAGGCAAGUCAAGGACUUUAUUGUUAUGACGACAGCCGUGUCAUACGUGUUCCCCAACAACCUACUAGGCAGCCCCCAACUCACCAGGCUCAUCUUCUUUAACAAUGCUCUACGAAGCAUUCAUUCUCAAGCCUUUGAGAAUCUAACUGAGUUGGAGGAGUUGGAGAUCAGCGGGAACCCUCGGCUUGAGCAUUUGUUCCUGGGAACCUUUUCAAAGCUGGGCAACCUGACGAAACUGUUGCUCAACUACAACAGGUUCAAGACCGUGCUCCCAGGCAUGUUUGACUCUCUUCAAAGUCUAAGGAGUCUGCAGCUGAAGGGCAACAACAUCUCACAUCUGCCCACAUUUCUUUUUGUGAAGCUCCAUAAUCUGAAUCUUCUAGAUUUAUCCCUGAAUAGCCUUGAAGAAGUGACCAAACAGACAUUUUUUGGUCUGGAUAGUCUGAACAGUCUGAAAAUUAACAACAACCUCUUACGCAGUCUUUCAUUUGAUACGUUCUAUGGUGUUUCUCACUUGACAGAGCUUAGCUUGGAGGGAAACAAAAUAGCAGAACUCCCUGACAACAUCUUCUCAGGUUUAAGCAAAUUAAAGGAGUUGAACCUCCGAAGAAACGUACUCACCACUUUUGGCGAUAAGGUGUUUGGAAUCGAGGCCUCAAAUUUGAAGGAACUCAACCUGAAAGGCAACAGACUGGUUGAACUCUCCUCGAUCAGCAGUUUGACUUCUCUAACUGACCUCAUCUUGUCCUCCAAUCAGCUCUCGACACUUCCUGAUGACAUUUUCAGAAAUGUUACAGCUUUGGAGAACCUGGACCUCUCUGAAAACCGGCUCACCUUGCUGCCCGAAACCAUCUUCAACAGUCUUUUCAGCAUUAGGGCCAUUGACCUCCACAAGAACAAUCUACAUGUGCUUGAUGCCCAACUGUUUAAGGACCAGCAACUGAUUCAGCAGCUCUACAUGUCAGAGAACCAGCUGCAAACUCUCCCAUUGGGCCUGUUUGAUCACUUUGGCCUCCAGCACAUGGUGAGACUGCACGGAAACCCCUGGAAAUGUGACUGCAACAUGUGGUACGUUCAUGACUGGGUGCUUAAAAACAGCCAAGAUGUAGAAAUGCUUGAUCGAAUGCUCUGUGAGAGCCCUGAUCUUUUGAAAAGACAUGCUGUUGUAUCUGUUGGUAAAGACCAGCUGGUGUGCCAAACAUCUAAACAUGAGACUCAUGAUUUGGGCAGUUGUAUCCUCAGUGCUUCAAAUGACACCAUGACCGUCAAGUGUCAAGUGCAGAAAUGUUCUCCACUGAUGGUGAGGGUACAAUUUCUGCAGGAUGAUGGAACUUUAAAUGAGCAUGUUUUGAAAAUGGAGUGGCCUGAACAUUUGCAGUGUAGCAAUAUGACAAAUCCAUUUUAGCAUUGUUCAACUGUCAUUCCGUUUGUAAAUCUCCUUGUGAGUCACACUAUGUUUGCAAAUAUACAAUGCUG